AUGGCCUCAGCCCAUGACCUGGGUGUGAUGACAGUGUAUACAGCAGCGGCGUGUGGCGGUGUGCCGGUACUGUGCUCCUCCCGCCGGCAGGGGGCGCUGAGUGUCGCCAUGGCGCCGUAUGUAAGCAUGGUUACCUGGGACCUGGGAUGUUUAUUAUGCUCCGUACACACCGGCACCCUGCAGCCCCAGCCGCGGUGAGUGAGGGGCCGGCGGGGGGACCCGGGGCCGUACAGGCUCCGCUACUCGUUCCCUUCUGUUACUGAGCUGGACAGUGACAAAGGUUCUCUUCUGCGAUCACAUCGGAACCGGGCGGAUUAUCAGUACGGUGCGGCCUACCUGUUCAUGUGUAAUGUCCGGUCUGAUAAUUCACCGCAGUAUCAUGGAGCAGAGUCCGGUCACCCCAUGGCUGCUUUGACUGUGUCCCGGUUCUGUCUCGGUAGACCAGCAUGUGCGUUCCACGUAGCCGGACGUCCAUAACUCCUGUUCAUCAUGCCCAUCAAGAUGGAGAAGCAGACGGUCUGUAAUGCUCGGGACUCUGGGCAAGAGAAUUCCGUCGCAAGCGAUGACGGGGUGACGCAGAUUUUGCCGUUUCCACAGAGCAAGCAGCGGGAUGUCAGGGAUUGGAUAAACAGACAAGAUCAGGAGGUAAACUCUUCUCAUAAUAAGGCAAUUCAACGUAAUAAAGAUCAUACGCCCAAACCGCCCGCAAAACCAAGGUUACCCAAACUGCAGAGAGCGUUGUCCCUGGACGAGAAACGCUGGCGGCGGACGCUAAGAACAAGCCAGUGGAGCUUAACAGACCAGAUAGAAACUGGGUCAUCCUCGGGUUCUCUCCAGGAAGACUUCGAGGAUCCUGCUGCCAGGUGUUCCGGCCCGCAGACUGACCCCACACUGUGCUCCGCUCACCCGCAACCUUCUCUAACGAGCCAGAGCCUGGGUAUGGCAUCAGGAUUCCUGAAAGGCGGUUCACUUUCAAACACCAGGCCGAAACUCGCACAGACCAAGCUGAAGCAAAGUCUCUCACAGUUAGAACUGAACGCAACCACGAGAGCGAUGAGGACGGGUAAUAGGAUAGAGCCAGAUUACCUGGAUUAUAAGAGCAAUCAUUUUCUCAGACAUAGCAGCAGCCUGAGUGACACACGGCUCCACAAUAUGGUGUGUGACCAGUGCUCCAGCAACUCGAUGAGGAGUACGUACAGCCUGCUGACCCCCCUGCGCUCCAAGGACGUCCGGAACAGAAGCUACUUGGAGGGGAGCCUGCUGGCCACCGGAGCGUUGCUGGGAGCGGAGGAACUGGAUCGAUAUUUCCCAGAUAGACGGCUGAGAAUCUCUGUUUCUACCUGGAACAUGCAAGGACGGAAGGAAUUGCCGGAGACUCUGGAUGACUUCUUGCUGCCGUCAGACAAUGAUUUUGCACAGGACAUGUACGUUGUCGGCGUCCAGGAAGGAACCCCAGACAGGCGAGAAUGGGAGACGCGACUACAGGAGACCCUCGGGCCGCAUUACGUCUUAUUCCACUCGUCAGCGCAUGGUGUCCUCUACCUGUCUGUCUUCACCCGGCGGGACCUGAUCUGGUUCUGCUCAGAGGUGGAAUACGCCACGGUGACCACACGCAUGGUGUCUCAGAUCAAGACCAAAGGCGGCCUCGGUGUGUCCUUCACCUUCUUCGGAACAUCCUUCCUCUUCAUCACCUCCCAUUUCACAUCCGGCGAUGGAAAAGUGAGCGAGAGGAUUUUUGACUACAAAAAGAUUAAGGAGAGCCUGGCCCUGCCCCGUAACAUUCCCGACACAAACCCGUAUCGCUCCAGUCCCUUGGACGUCACCAGCCGCUUCGAUGAGGUUUUCUGGUUUGGAGACUUCAACUUCCGGCUGAACAAGGACCGUCCGGGCGUGAUCUCAAUCCUAGGGCGCAAGCUGGAGAGAGACGUUUCCGGCCUGCUGCAGUACGACCAGCUUCUCCGAGAGAUGAGCCACGGAUCCAUAUUUAAAGGGUUUGAAGAAGCCACAAUUAACUUCCCUCCCACAUACAAGUUUGAUGUUGGCUGUGACAAAUACGACUCCUCAUCCAAAGAGAGAACCCCGUCCUACACGGACAGGGUGCUGUACAAGAGUCGGCAUAAAGGCGACAUCCGUGUUCUCAAAUACGAUUCUUGCUCGGAGAUAAAGACCUCUGACCACCGGCCGGUGUUUGGGUUGUUUGAAGUUCGGAUAAGACCUGGAAGAGACAACAUUCCGCUGGCCGCCGGGCUGUUUGACCGCGAGCUGUAUUUGCUGGGCAUGAAGAGACGGAGUUCACGAGAGCAGCCGAAGCAUCAAGCACUAAAGAAUCAAAAAAGCAGCAGCGUCUGCGCAAUCUCCUGAAGGACGGAGCGCGGAGGGGAGGACGUGUAGGAAGUGCACCAGAGGCCUUCUCUGUGGAUCCAGCUAUUCUGUGGGCUGAGCCAAUAUUCACUUAUAGAGAGGCAGAGAAGCGUGCUGGGGGGGGGGUAUAUAAUUACACAGGUGUGUAGCGUCACUGUAAGGUAAGUACAUUUGUAUCUGUGCUCCUAGAGGAUCGGCUGGAAUAAAAUCCCUGAGAGUCACUAACGCUACUCGCCCUGUGUUCCAGCGCUCCGUCCCACCGUCUCCACGCGUUUCACACAAGUCAUUCAUUCCGCUAUUUAUACUCUGUGUGUACCAAUGAUGUGUGUGAACGCCGUCGUUCACACACACAUAUCGCGUCGGCCCUGCAGCACACACGAUAACCAAUAUAUCUACAGAUAUAAUGGUGCAUUGCUGUGUGUGUACUGAUAGACAGCCGACCGCCCGCACACAUGCUGCAGCAGCCGACGGUGAUUGACAGCUGACAUGGGCGGCGCAUGUAAAACCCCGUCCAGUUCGUGACGUCAGUCAUGACGGAUCGGGCAGUGUAUAUGCGCAACACUCUGCCCGAUCCGGCUAUAGAUAUAUCUGCAGAUUCAUUGAUCUUAUAUCUAUCAGUGUGUACCCAGUGUUACUGGUAUAUAAAUAAGAUUAUGUUUAAACAAGGGACAACUAGUUUCAUACAAACAAAAGAAACCCAAUAAUAGAUGCGAUUAUACUUCCUGUAAUUAAGUAGUAUAUAAAAAUGUGUCCCCGCACACACCGGUCAUCAGAUAGCCGCACUUAGCGCGGCCUCUGCGACUUACACGCACCUUCUGAAAAUAUGCGUCGUCUUCUGCUCCUUUAUACCGAUUAUUUUGUAAUAAAGUUCUAAUCCUGAAUACAUAAUACAAUAUUAGGGAAUUUAGACGCAAAAUGCCGGUAAAGUAUAACAGACUGAGAUCCUCUGAGUGACCCGCGUCAUCUGCCACAUCUUCCCACAGGAUUAGCUAUUUACUACACUGUGAGUUCAGGAAGUAGUACGGAAUCUGGGUAAAAAGCCAAACGACAGGUGCACUAUACCGGUGACUCGCCACGCAUCGUUAUUCCUGAUCUGCCACCAUCCAAUCCAUUUACACACAUCCUACGUACCGUGCUUGGAGGCAGAUUCAGAGAUGGGACACUAUAGCUACAGCCGAUGUGUAUGUGACGCAGUAUCCGUCAUCUGAGUAACCCUCCGUGUACUCAGGGUGGCAGGGAAAGUCACGCGGCUCAAGCAAAUGAAACUACAGGGGGUCAUUCCGAGUUUAUCGCUCGUUAGCAGUUUUUAGCAGCCAUGCAAACGCUAUGCCGCCGCCCACUGGGAGUGUAUCUUAGCUUAGCAGACGUGCGAACGUUUUUAUCGCAGAGCACCUGCAAAAAUUUUUGUGUAGUUUCAGAGUAGCUCAAAACCUACUCGGCGCUUGCGAUCACUAGACUAUUCAGUUCCGGAUUUGCCGUCACACACCCGCCCAGCGUUCGCCCAGCCACGCCUGCGUUUUCCCUGGCACGCCUGCAUUUUUCCGAACACUCCUUGAAAACGGUCUGUUGACACCCAGAAACGCCCACUUCAUGUCAAUCACUCUGCGGCCAGCAGUGCGACUGAAAUGCAUCGCUAGACCCUGUGCAAAACUGCAUCGUUCGUUGUGCCCGUAUGUCGCGCGUGCGCAUUGCGCCGCAUAUGCAUGCGCAGAACUACUGUUUUUUAGCCGGAUCGCUGCGCUGCCAACAUAUGCAGCUAGUGAUCAACUUGGAAUGACACCCUACGUCUCUGGUACAGCAGCUUAAAUAAAAUAUUCAGUCUACUUCCCCGCCAGGCCAUCGCUGCUUCCCCUCACGGCCAUUACACUGCGCCUCAUAUCAGUCAUACUGUCCCAGCAUCAGGUGUAAGAUGGCGGCUGGCGGACACACGGUCACACACUGAGGUGCGUAGUGUCAUCAGAUAUCAGCCAUACUGUCCCAGCAUCAGGUGUAAGAUGGCGGCUGGCGGACACACGGUCACACACUGAGGUGUGUAGUGUCAUCAGAUAUCAGCCAUACUGUCCCAGCAUCAGGUGUAAGAUGGCUGCUGGCGGACACACGGUCACACACUGAGGUGCGCCAACUUGUCGCGGUGUACGGUGAUAGUAUCAUGUCAUGGGAACAGGUUUGGGUUUGGUGCACUGCCUUUGAUAAUGGCAGGACAGGCGUUCAACAUGAAAAGCAUUCCGCCUGGCCAAGAACCAAACUGGUCUCUGUGACAUGACGUUAUCACCCUCGUAUUACAGGAAGUUCAAGAAGAGACUGAUUACGUGCCUUAGCCUUAUUAGUACGGACGGUGUCUAUCACAAGUAUUUAUAUAUCACCACCAAUUACACAGCGCUGUACAGAGUGUUCUUCCAGCUGAGCCCCCUAUGAGUACAGACCAUCUAGUUCUUACCGUAGUGUCAGUGAUGCUAUUACACGUGUAAGUAAAUGCUCUUCUAUUAAUCCCAACACCGUUCCUUUAUUCUCUGUAUGUAAAUACAGGUUUAGCCCACAAUAGCUGCGUCCAGUCUACGUGACGGGAGCACUUUCCCUCCAGCUCCCACGUUCAUUGUCAUCAUACUGUCAUCAACGUUUCCGGCUGUUAAAUGACUAAACUGUGUGUUUAUGCUGCUGACCAAAAUCGGAUGAGAAUCAUGUUUACAUCCCCAGGGACCAUUCUCCGCAGCGCGUUUCCCCCCUACCCCCACCAGCUCUGAUAAUGUAAUCUAAUCGCAGACCUGCAGAGGGCGCACCUAAUUCUCUACUGACACUUUAUCUGUGGACUGCUGCCUUGUGUUGUACUGUACAGUAAUAUAUGUAAAUAUAUAUUUAUCUCUGACCACAUAAUAAAAUGAUCCCUGACCCCUUG